UCUCUCUCACACACGCUCGCUUGCCAUCUUAAGCCAUCAUCCUUGGUGCAGCUCACCUUUCGAACGUCCUAACGUCCUGAAACAUCGCAACGCCGCAUCUUUUCGGCACUCAAGAGGUCGAGAAGACGAUCGCAUGGGCGAUAUACCUGUGCUGAGUCCUUGCACAUAGCGCCGGCAGACCGCUUUGCCUGGCUAUGAUCAGUCACCUGGUACCAGCGAAGUGACCACACGCUCGUCGCCCCUCCUUCGUCAACACAAAGCCCAACUUCACUCGUUCAAGCUCAGCACAAGGAAAGAGUUACCGUCUGGCUGCCGACCUGGUGCUGCUGCAAGAAUGUCCGCCUUGGCUCGCCUGUCGCGCUUAAGCGCUCAGCGCAAUGUGGUCGCAAACAGAUUAGCAAGUCCGCGGAACAACUCCCUUUUUCGACCGCAAGCACGGCUCAACAGAGCUUUCCUACCGCUCGAAAAUGCUGCGCUGGCGAGAGGCAUUCAUGUGCGCGCCAUUAGCUUCAGCUCAGUGCCUCGAGCCGCGUUGCGAGCAUUUAGGGUGCCCGCUUACGCCUUUGGUGCCGCUGGAGGGGCGUUGGCGUAUGCUAACUACAAGGUAGACGAAUUUCGUGGCUUCAUGGGCGGCGUGCUCGAUUCUGCCACUACCAAGGCAGGCGACUUGGCAGAGACGCUAGGAAUAUACGGCUCGGACGCAGCCUCGGCUGUCAAUGGGGGCCUGGCUGACCUCAGCAAGGGUGCCUCGGAACUUGGAGAAGGUUUCAAAGAGUGGUGGGCUAGCGUCGAAGCUAAGCAGAGAGCUAGGCAGGAGGCCGCGGAGGCGAACAGCGGUGGUGGCGGCGGAGAUCGUCAGCCAAGCGAGGGAGAUGAGGAGCCGAACAACGGAGGCCCGGCAGGUGCUGCUGCAGCUUUAGCUGCGACUCUCCUUGGCAAGGCGGCCGACGACGAGAAGGAGUCGGAGCAGGAGGGCAAUGGACCGCAGGCUAACAGCACCACCGCAGAGUUGCAACAACUCACUCGCAAGCUCAUUGAGGUCAGGAACAUACUCAAAUCCGUCGACCAUGCCGAUGACACCUUGACCCUGCCAUCAAUGGUGGUCAUCGGCUCCCAAUCGAGCGGCAAAUCGUCGGUGCUGGAAGCUAUUGUCGGUCAUGAGUUCCUUCCCAAGGGAUCCAACAUGGUCACGCGCAGGCCUAUCGAGCUCACUCUUGUCCGCACAGAGCCAACCCGCGCAAGCAGAGGUACGCCGGUCGAGUACGGAGAGUUUCCAGGGCUGGGUCUCGGCCGCAUCACCGACUUCAGAGCAGUCCAGAAGACGCUCUUCGACCUCAACAUGGCAGUGCCUGCGGCGCAGUGCGUCUCGGACGAGCCGAUUGAGCUGCGAAUCCACUCGCCGCACGUUCCUGACCUCACAAUGAUCGACUUGCCGGGAUACGUGCAAAUUGCAGGGAUGGAUCAGCCGGAAGAGCUGCGAGAAAAGAUCUCGACGCUAUGCGAAAAGUACAUUCGGGAGCCCAACAUCAUCCUCGCCGUUUGCGCUGCUGACGUCGACUUGGCCAAUAGCCCUGCCCUGCGCGCUAGUCGCAAAGUGGACCCACUUGGUCUGCGAACGAUUGGUGUCGUUACCAAGCUGGACCUCGUUCCUCCUGAAGAAGGCGCCGCCAUCCUACGCAACAACAAGUAUCCGCUCGCGCUAGGGUACGUCGGUGUCGUCUGCAAGGGCAUGACAAGCGCUUUCAGAACAUCGAGGGGACACGAUGGAGUCAGCGGAGAGGGCAACGUUACUAGAAGCGUCUUGCAAGGAGAGAAUGACUACUUCUCGCAGCAUGCGGAGCACUACCUGGCCGCGAAUGUGCGCGGACGCAAUGCCGGACAGGCGCCCCUAACGGGAACCGAGACUUUGCGGCGAAGGCUCAUGGCUGUCCUUGAAGAGAGCAUGGGCUCAUCCUUGCACGGCAUCGCCAAUGCGGUACAGAUUGAGCUUGAAGAAGCUGCGUAUCAAUUCAAAGUACAAUACAAUGAUCGAUCGAUCAGCGCAGAAUCGUACGUGGCAGAGACGAUGGAUGCGCUCAAGGCGCGCUUCAAAGACUUGGCGGCAGGUUUCGGCAAGCCCGAGGUUCGCAGUCUUUUACGGACAGCCUUCGACGACAAGGUCAUGGAUAUCUUGGCUCAAAUGUACUGGACGGAUGCGCGCGCUUCCGAACUCUCGCAGCUGGCGGACAAUAAGAAGUUGACGGCGCAAGACCUGGACAGAUAUUGGCAGUACAAAUUGGACGCUAGCACCAGCGCCCUCACGAAAUCAGGCAUCGGACGACUCAGCACGCAGCUCGUUGCUGAUGCCGUCAGAGCGCACAUCGACGGUCUCGCAUCUGCGGAGCCCUUCAAUCACCAUCCCGACGCUGCUGAGCGCAUUGCCGGCUUUGCGAGUGCCAUCCUGCGAGAGAGGUUCGGCAUCACUGCGGAUCAGGUGGAGAAUUGCGUCAAACCAUACAAGUACGAGGUGGAGGUAGAGCAGGUGGAGUGGGAGGAUGGUCGUCGAAGAAGCAUCGAUCUGCUCGACAAGGAGCUCAGGAUGUGCGAUGAGGCGCUCAAGAGGAUCCAAAAGGCUGUGGGCUCCAAACGUCUGAGGGAAGCCGAAGCGCAUGUCAAGUCUGUCGAGGAGAGGAGUCGCAAAGCUGCGUUGGCCAGAUUGAGGGCUCGUGAAGGUGCUGCGGAUGCUGCAGAUCCAGCGACGUCCGACGCGCUGUUGGAAGAGUCCGAUCCUACACAACCUCACUACAAUUCCGCACUGCUUGCCAAGGCGAGAGAGUCGACCUUCUUGGCGGACAGGAGCGCAAUACUCAAGAUGCGAGCUGCAGCGCUGCGGGCCAAGAGGUGCAAGACGGGAGGACCUGAAGCCAAAGCUUUUUGCCCAGAAGCCUUCCUCAGCGUCGUAGCCGACAAGCUAGCGUACACCUCGGUCAUGUUCAUCAACAUCGAGCUUCUCGCAGAAUUCUUCUACCAAUUUCCCCGAGAGAUCGAUAGCCACUUGAUCUACGAUCUAGGCAAAGAAGAGAUUUCCAGAUUUGCGAGGGAAAACCCAGACGUGAGGAAGCAUCUCGAUCUGCAAGAGAGAAAGGAAAAAUUGGAAAUGGUCAUGGAGAAGUUGGAUGCUCUUGUCAAGGUCUACCAGGAAAAACAGGCCCCUCAGCGCAAUUCCUCGUCCAAGUGGGGCUUUUUCUGAUUUUUGAUCCUUGCAGAUUUUCUACGAACCUCACCUACUUUGAGUUCUCUUUGUUCACCGACUCGCAUGUUCACCGUUCAUACCCCCCCACCUUUCUUAUGUGCUUGGACCUGACGACCACGCUGUACUUUUGUUUCGGAGGCUCCUUCUGUGAAUGCAUCACCUUUCAUUUCGGC